AUGGGAAAAUAUGAAAUAGAGAGAAAUUAUAAGGUUUUGAAAGAAAAUAAUAUACUCAAUAUAUUUAAAUAUGUAAAUUGUGAAAAAAAUGAAAGCAAAGAAAAAAUCGCUAUUUUGUAUUAUUUGUGUAACGUUUUCGAGGAAAGACAUCUAGUGCUAAAUGAUCAGAUAUUACAGACUUACCUAAAUUUACUUAAAAUUUUUGAGGAUUAUUUAAUACAAACUUAUAAAAAAAAAAAAAUUUUAAUAAAAAAAAAUAAAUGUUAUUAUAAUGAAAAGGAAUUAGAGUUAGAACUUAGUACUUCAUUAAGCAUACUGAUUCAGAAUUUCAGUUAUAUAAUUUUGCAUAUAUCUUAUUUUAUAUCACUAAAUAGUAAAUGUAAAAAGAGCCCUAUUUUGAGAUUACAUAUAUAUUACAUACAUGUGUUAACAUUUAUUAUAUUACAAAAAUAUAUGAAAAUAAAUGAAAAAUAUAGAUACAAGAGAAUAUUAUAUUUAUGUUACACUAAUUUGUUAUUACAAUUUCUUAUGAGUAUAUAUAAUUUAAAAUUAUAUGAGACAAUUUCCGAGGAUAAAUUUUACAUAAUUUCUAAGUAUAUUUUAUUAAUUAUUAAUAAUUUUCGUAAUAUAAAGAAGAAUAAAGAUAGUGAACGGUUGUUCAUAUGUUUUUAUGAUUAUGCUUAUAAAGUAAUAGAGAUAUUUUUAUGGAAGUAUAUAAUACUUGUAAAUAAAAAUAAGGAAGCUAAUUGUUAUGAUAAACUCAUAAAUUAUUAUAAAAAUUUAAUAUCAUUUUUAUAUUCCUAUAUAGAAAAGCUAAAAAUAUUAAAGGGUGUGGAAAAAUAUAUAUUAUUUAAUAAAAAAAAAAUAUAUAAUAAUUUUACUUUAUUAUCUAUAAUAAAAAAUACAAUAGAUAUCCAUUUUUUUAGUAACACCUUUAUAUUUUCAAUCAAUGAUAAUAAAUUUACAGAUUUUGAAUUAAAAAAAAAUAAAAAUGUUAUAGUUGAUGAAAUUAAGAAAACAUCUCAAAAUGUGUCUGGAGAAUAUAAAGAAAAACACAAUAAAAUACUAGAAGAUGAAGAGAAUGUAAAUUUUAGUAAAAUAAAAAAAAAAAUAGACAAUAAUAAUAUUAGCAUGAUAAAUAAAGAUAUUAAAAAUGUUAAAGAAAAGGAUGAGGAUAAAAUAGGGAACAGAAUAUUUUUAAAUAUAAAUAAUGAAGUAGUAAAAAAUAUAAUAUUAUUAAAAAUAUUAAAAUUAUCUGAAACAUUGUUAUUAAAAAAUGGGAGAUUAUAUUUGAAUUUAUAUAUACAUUGUUUAAUAAAUAAUGUUAGUAAUUUAACUAUAAAAGAAAUAUAUGAUACUUUACAAGAUAUAAAAGUAAUUGAUAAAAAUGUGUGUAUGUAUUAUAGAUUUUUAAAUUUGUUUGAAUAUUAUUUGAAUAUAUAUUUUUAUAUAAUUAACAUAAAUAAAAUUGGUAAUAUAAAAAAUAAAGAUAAUCAUAAUAAGUAUCCUGUGUAUAGCAACAUGAUAAAAAAUGUUAUAUUUUAUUUGUAUGAAAUGUACAUGUUAUUUAUUUUGUUGUUGAGUUCAGACAACAAAUUUGUGGAAUUUUUUUUUAAGUAUAUAAAUAAAGAAAUGAAGAGUAAUGAAAAUGAUGUCCAAGCUAAGAAUUGCAACAAAAAUUUUUCGAAAAAUGAAUUUUAUUUUAUUAGAAAUAUAUUACACAUAACAAUGUCUGAUAAUUGUAUUCGUGUUAAUAAUGUGACAUUACUUAUUGUGGAUUUAAUAUUUAUGAGUAAUAGUAUUUAUUAUUUUCCAGUUUUAAAAUGUUUAUACAAAAAUAAUGAAAAGUUAAAUUUAUUUAUUGAAAAUAAAAUGCUGAGAAUUUUUAAAAAAAACAAAAUGCUUGUUAAUAUAAAUAAGAAAAAUAUAUAUUUUAACGAAAAAUAUAAAGAUAUGACGCUAGAAAAAUUUAAGGAUUAUAUAUUAUACAGAAAAACUAUGAAUAUACUUUCGAAUAAUUAUUUUGAUAUGAUAAAUAUAUCAGGUUUAAAUAUUUGUGUAAACAUGAAAAUGGAUUUCCAUUUAUAUAUAAAUAAUUAUGUAAGAUCCUUUAUUUCACUUUCAGAAAAAAAGGUAAAUUAUAAUAUGUUACAGUUUAUAAAACAUAAUAGACAUAAAGCUAUAAGUGAUAUUGCCAGUUUGAGUUUAGAGAAUGAAUAUAAUAAAAAUAACAAAAUAAAAAUGGAAAAGUUUGGUGAAAACUGUAUAGAUUGUGUAUACAUAGAAAAUAAUGAAGAACAAAAAGAUGAAGAAAAUAAAAAUGAAUAUCGAAACGGUGAAUUUUAUGAAAAUGGAAUAAAAAUAAAACGCAACAAAGACAUUCGUACAAGCAAAAAAUUAAAAAAUGUUAGUUUUUCCAAUAAUAUUAAUGCGUCAAAGAAUAAAGAUAACAAAGUUGAUAAAAUACAUUCUUCACUUACUAUACAGAACGGGGAUAGGACUUGUGGGGAUAGAAAUUUGAAAGAUGAAUAUUAUACAAAGUUGUAUUUUUCUUUUUUGGCAAAUAAUAUAUUAUCAAAAAUUAUGAAAAAUAAAAAGAAUAGUUAUUAUUAUUCAGAAGUACAAAAUAAUUGCCAAAAUUAUUUAGGAAUAUAUAUAAAUAAAUUACAAUAUUAUUGCAAUAAUAUAUUUAAUUGUAAAUAUAUAUUUCAUUGCAAUUUGAGUAAUUGUAUUAAGAAAAUAUUUUUGGAAAAAAAAAAUAAUUCCAAAAGUUCAAAUAAUAAUGUAUUAUGGAAUACUUAUUCAUUUGAUAAUAGACAGGUUAAUUUGAAUAAACACAACAAUGAGGUAUUAUUAAAUCAUAAAAGUUUUUAUAUUAAAGGUAUAAAAAAAAAAAUGAAUUUUUCAAGAUAUGAUAUUUUAAAUAAUAUGCUUAAUUAUAAAAGUAGCUAUUUUGAUAAUGAAAAUUAUUAUUUUAAUUUUUUAUUUAACAUUAAAUAUAUACAAAAUUUAAAUGACAACAUUAAUGAUUAUUUUUUACUAAAAAAAAAGCAAACACAUAGAAAUGCAAUAUUUAAUAUAAAUUUGAAUAUCAAAGAUAAAAUAAAGGAGAAAAUGAAAAUAAUUCGUAAUGACAUUUUUUAUGAUUCAAAUUAUAAUUUUUUAUCAAAAUCGUUUGAAGAUAAUAUCAAAAUAAAUGGCGAAAGCAUAAAUAAGCCUAUACUUAGUGACUUAUUUUUAAAAGAGGAAUGGAACUAUAAUGAUUUUUAUAGGACUAGAAAAAAAUAUAGUGAAAAUUAUUUACUUUCUUUUCUUUUUUUAAAUUAUAAUUAUUGUAUAUAUAAUUAUAAAUCAAAAAAUUGUCUUCAAAAAUUUUUAUUAUUAAUAUUAAAAUAUUUUAAAAAAAUGAUUACACACAUAAAUAUAUAUAAAUACACAUGUGCAACAUUAUUAUUUCUAACAUCUUAUUUGGAAAAAAAACCAUUGCCAUAUUUAGAUUUGUUUAUGAUAACUAAUAACGUAAGUAGCGAUAUAUCUUUUGGGUUUUUAGAAAAACAUAAUGAAUUAAAUAGGCUAAGAAAAGAAAUAAAAAUGCAUCUCGAUGUGAAUAUUACAGAUGCGAGUGAUUCAAAUCAAGGGGAUAAUAAUUGUAGAAAUGCUAAUAAUAUUACUAAUGAAAAUUUUGAUAAUUUAUUCGAGGAUAAAAAAGAGCAUGAUUUAUCAGAAAAAAUAUAUGGAAUGAAAAAUAGAUCAUUAUUAUCUCAAAUAAAUAAGCAAAAAAAGAAAAAAAAAGGAAUUAACGUAAAAUAUGAAGAUAAGAAAGAAAAUGUAAAUAAUAAGGAAAGAAGUGGUAUAUUAUUCUAUGAGCUGAAUGAUAGUUUUAAAAAAAUAUCAUUAAAUCAAAUACUUGUGAAUCGUAUUACUAGGGAAUACAGCUAUAUAAAAAAGAGUGUAUUAAAAAAUAUGAAAAAUUGUAAACAUAACAAUUUAAGAAUUGAGAGCGAAGAAAAUGAUGAUAGAGAGAAGAAAGAUGAUAAAUAUUUAAUUUUUUGUAAAGGGGAACAUAAAAUAAUAUUGAAAACACUUCUUAAUAUAAUAGACAAUAUAAAAAUAUAUAUUUUUAGUAACAUUUUUCAUUACCUAUAUAAGGAUCGAAUAAGUUAUAGCAAAUACAUAAGUUUACUAUCAUUAUAUUUUUAUAAAAUAUAUUUUACAAUGUUUUAUUUAGAAGUAUAUAAAAAGGAUAUAUCAAAUAAAAAUAUGAUUGAGGCGAUAAAAAGCAAGCUUAUAGAAAUAACUCCAGUUUUAUGCAUCAAAUAUAUGAAUAUAUAUAAUAUUAAUAAUAUAUGUAAAAUAGAAAUAUUAAAAAUAAUAAAAGAGGAGAAGAAUGAAAAAAUGAAAAAUAAGAAUAAUUCAGAAAGUAAAGAAAUUAACUUAACAAAUGAUGAUUUUGAUAAGCUUUAUGUACUAAUAAUAUAUUAUAUUGAAAGUAUAAGAAAAAAGGAGAACAUAUUAUUUAGUUUAUAUUUAUUAUUAGAUAAAUAUAUAUUUCGAAAUAAAUAUAUACAUAAAAAUAUUAAACAGUUAGUCAAUUAUAGAAUAUUUGUAUUCCUAUAUGAUAUGAACAAAUUUUAUGAUUAUAAUUAUAUUUUUACAACAAUGUUUAUAUUAAUGAAUAUUAUGAGUUAUAAUAAGUUUAUAAGAAAUUAUAUUUAUUAUAUAUUUGAUUAUAUAUUUAAAUCAAAGAUAAAUGUGAUAUAUGAUUGUAGAUUUCUUGUAUGUUUUUUAAAAAAUUUAGAAAAAAGUAGUCUUGAUUAUGCUUUUUCAAAAAUUUUGAUACAAGAAAAUAAACAAUUUAAAAAUUUAGUAAAACGGAAGAAAGCGAAUUUGAUUAAAAUUAUAUAUAAAGUUAAUUUAUACAUUACUAUUAAUUAUUUAUUAUUUUUAAAAAUGUUAAAUUGUUGUAAAUUUUUUUUAUAUUUAUAUUCUUACUUUUUUUACGAAUUUUAUAUUUUGUGUGUAAAGAAAUAUACAAAGAAAUAUGAGAGCAAUAAUUUCAAUUACAGUGCAAUAAAUAGCAGUAGAAAUCAAGAUGAACGUUCUUUUUCAAGAAAAAACAAAAAGUCUCAAAUUUCAAGUGUGUCUCGAAAACAAAAAAUAACUAGCGAUGGUCUUAAAGUAGAACCAUCAUUUAGGCACAAUAGAGAAACUAAUAAAUGUGAAAAAGCUAGUAAAUAUGAAAAAGAUAGCGAUAUGCAUUUAAAAGAAGCAAAUUAUAUGUGUAUUAAUAAUAUUGAAGAUAAAAAUAAACAUGUGAAAGGCUUAUUCUUCAAAAAAAGUUAUUCUCCUAAAUCUAUGAACAAUAAAACAUAUAUAUAUGAUAUAUAUGUUAAAAGGAGUGGAUCGGAUGGCAUUAUGGGGGUUAAGCGUAGAAAGAACCAUCUAAGAAUUAAAACAACGAAUGAAUUUUUUUUUAAUUGUAAUGUGAAAGAUGAAAAAAAUGAUAAAGAGUGGGUAAAUGAGUCUAAAUAUGUAUUAAAAAAUGGGAAAAAAUAUAUGAAGAGAAAUAAUGCAAAUAAUAAUAGUUCUUUAAAAUAUAUUAAAAAAUAUAAAUAUGACAAAAAAAUUAGUAAUUUUAUAACACGAUCAUAUUAUGAUCGUGAGAAUAUUAAAUACGAAGAAAAAGGAAUAAGGAGGAAAAAUAUUAUAUUUAUAGAUAGAAGGUAUGAAAAAGGUGAAAUUGUCAAAAAUGAAAAAAGGAGAGCAAUAAUAUCGAAAAAAAAUAAAAAAAAUAACGCUAUUUUUUUAGGAGGAAAUAAAGAAUUUGAUGAACUUGGUAAUAAGGAAAAUAAUGAUAAUGAUAUACGUUAUUUAAAAAUAAUAAAAAAAGUAAGAGGAAGUAAAACAUAUAUAUAUAAUGUAUAUGAUAUAAAAAUAGGUAAACCAGUUUUACAUAAUAAAAAAUAUUUUAAAGAAUAUAUAAACGUAAUAAACUAUGUUAUGUGUAUAUUUUUAGCUACUAAUAUUACUAAUUUAAACAUGAAUAUGUUAAACAAUUAUUAUAUAUAUAUUAUAUCAAAAAUUAUAAAGAAGAACUUCAAAUUUUAUUUUACAUAUUUUUAUUAUAUUAUAUUUAAAAAGAAAAAUAAUAGGUAUAAAAAUAUAUAUAAUAUAAAUUUUUACAAUAUAUUAAAUAAUACGUGUAAAAAAAAAAUAGACGUGUGUAAAAUAAAUAUAAAAAAUAAAUAUAUAUAUGUUUUGAAUACAUUAUCAAGUAUGUUGUGUGUAUAUAAUUAUAAAUAUGCAUUUUUUAAUUAUUAUUUUGUUUAUUUUUAUAAAAUUGUGAAAAUGAUGGCAAUGUUUUCUGUCAAAUCAAUAUUAAUUUCGAAUAUAUUGAUAGACACAUAUAAUGAUGCUAUAUAUAAUGAUAAAGAUUCAAAUAGUAACAAAGAAAUAGAUGGUAAUAAAAACAAUUCGAGUAAUAAAUAUAAUAGGAAUCUAGAUUAUUAUCACAAAUGUUAUUAUAUAAGUUCAGAAGAAAACAAUAGUAAAUUCAAUGAAAUAGAAGAUAUGUCUAGCUUUAUGAGCGAAAUAGAUAAUAAUUACAGUAUAAAAAAAGUGUUACAAUAUCCUGAAAAUAUAAAUGGAAUUAAUAUAAUCAAUAAAAACUACAACAACGAUAGAGGUGAAAACAAAGUAAUAGAGAAAAAUGAAAAAAAUAAAUUAUAUAAAAAUAAGAACAAAAAAAAAUGUAAAAAAAAUAAUUCUUUAUUUCUUAACAAAGACAAUAAAAAUUAUAUUGAUAGUGAUAUCGUAAUGAUAAAAUGGUAUAUAAUGUAUUUCUUAAAAGAGGAAGAGAGUUUGAUAAAAUAUAAUUUAAAGAAUUCUAAAUUAACAAGCAAAAAUGUGUUAGAUAAAUACAUAAAACAUAUUAACAAUAUGCUGUUGUUAUAUGUAAUGGUUAAUUAUAUGAUAUUGAUAUAUAAAAAUAUAAGUUUAAAUAAGAGGGGUAUUAUAAAGACCAAAUUAGAAAAAUUAGAUUAUUAUAAUUAUUAUUUAAUGAAAAAAAUAGUAAACAUUUAUUUUUUAAACAUUCCGUAUUUAUGCAACUAUUUAAUAGUAGCCUUUGAAUUUUUUAGUAAUUUUUGCAAUACAUUUUUAUGUAUUAAUUAUGAUUCAUUUGGUCUAACAAAUCAGAUAAAGUUAAUUUUUAAAAAUCAUUAUAUGUAUUAUUUGUCAAAUUUUUCUAAUAAAAUAAAAAAUUUAAAAACAUAUUAUCAUGUAAAUUACUACAAGAGUAGAAAUUUAUAUUUUUACAAUUAUAAGAAGAAACCUGAUAAGUUUUUUGAGUCUAUUAAAGAAGUAGAAGACAGAAAUAAGGAGCAUAGACAUAGUAAUGCAUCAAGUAUUAUAAAAGUUGGGAAUGCAGAGGAUCAAAAUUAUGUUCCUUUUGAAAAUAAUCGAGAUAAUAUAAACAAUUAUAAUAAUUUGCAUUCAAAUAUUUAUUAUAGUGAAGAAGAUGUAAAAAAGGAUUCACCACGUUAUGAUAAAAUUGAAAAAAAUUAUAAUGGAAUAAAAAGUGAUGGAAAUAAACACGAGAUUGAAUAUGAUAACUGUGUAAGUGAUUAUGAUGAUUAUAUAUAUAAAGAUUGCUUUUUCGAAUUAAAAGAUAUACUGAAAAAAGGGAUAAAAAUAUAUAUAAAUAAUUUAUAUAGCAGAAGUAUUAAGAAUUUGUAUUAUUUUUUAGAUUUCUUUAACGAUACAACAUGUAGUAUACAAUUUUUAAAUUUAUAUUUAUAUGAGAAUGUAAGAAUUAAAGAUAUAUAUAAUAAUAUAAAUCUUGAAGGUUUGAAUAAUAUUUAUUUAUAUAAUUCAAAGGUGUUAAAAAUAGACUAUUAUUUUAUAUCAUUGACGUUUUUAAUUUUGAUAAGAAUAUUUAAUUUUGCUUCUAACUUUUUUCAUUCUUCUAAUUAUUUUGUCCAAUUAUAUUCAAAAUAUAAAUAUAAUUAUUUCUUAUAUAAUAGUACCGCACAUAAAUAUUUUUUAUUUUAUAAUAUAUAUUUUUUUUUGACAAAUAAAAAUCCAGAAAAAAAAGAAGGGCUACUUAAUUUAAAAAUAAAUAAAGAUAUAAUAAAUUUAUGCAUUUCAGAUAUUUUUUAUUUUAACAAAUUGCUUUUACAAAAAUGUUUUAUGUAUUUAUUUUUUUUUUUCCACAAUUUUAAUCAUAUAUUAAAUGAUAUAUAUUGUGUAAAUUGCCUAAAUAAAUAUUCAGUUGGAUGUUAUGAUCAAAAUGCUAAUCCUAUAGAGCUUGGUAAAUUUCAUGAAAUAAAUGGAAAUAAAGAAAAAAAUAUUUUUAAGAAAACAAAAAGGAUAGUGAAUAAUAAUAUAAAUAAUUAUUAUGGAAGUAGUAUAGAGAAAAAAAAAAAAAAAAAAUAUGAAAACACUGUAUAUAAGAAAAAUGUGAAAAAUAAAUUGAAUAAUAAGGGGAAUGACGAAUAUUAUGGUAUGUGUGUUGAUAACACAAAAGAAAAUGUAAUAGACAAAAUGAUAAAUAUCAAUGAUAGUGAUGAUAUGAAAUAUGAAAAGAAUGAUAAAUUAAAAAAUAGUUAUAUAUGUGGUAAUAUUGAAUACGAGAAUGAUAUAAAAAACAUCAUAAAAUGUAAUAGUAAAGAAUAUAACCAUUCUAAUAAACAAAAUAUAUCCAAUAUUGAAAAAGAGGAAAACAUCAUUUCACAAACAAAAGGAAAUAAUAUUGCAUCGUAUUUAAAAAAUAAAUUUAAUAAUUUAAUGAGGCAUCAUGAAAAUGAAAAAGAUUCAUCAUAUAUAAUGCAUAAAAAUAUCAAUAAAAGUUUAUAUAAUGAUGGAAUAUUUCAUACAAAUUCAGUUUCAAAUAAAAAUAGCAAAAUAAAAUUGGAAGAAUAUCCAAAUAAUAAUAAAAAUUGUCAUAAUAAAGAUAAUAGUGUGAAUAGUAUGUGUGACAAAAAUAAAAAGCAUGAAGAUUCAUCUACAACUUUUUCAAAUAAUGAUAGAAAAAAUGAUUUAGUUUUAUUAAAAGCAUAUAAAAAUAUGUUAAAUUAUAAAAAGAUUAACAAAAAGAGAUUAUAUGAUUAUAUGCUAGAGGAAGAACUACGUUGUACGUGUAUAAAUAAAUAUGUAUAUGUUUGCAAUUUGAUAUAUAAUUGCCUUAUUUAUAUAUUCGAAAUGAAAUUAAAGUGUAAACGCAUAAAGAAAAAACAUCCUAUAAUUCCAUUUAAUAUAUUUAAAAAUAAAAAGAAGAAAAACAAAAAAACUAAAAUGGAAAAUUUAGCUAGCUAUAACAACAAUAAUAAUCAGAUAAUAAUUAAUACGAAAUUUUUUGGGAAUGUUGAUUUUACCAUUUUAAGUAUUUUAUAUAUGACUGAAAAUAUUUAUAUGAAUUUAUAUAAAUGUAAAUUAUUUACGGAUAUGUGUAUAUUUAAUAAUAUAAAAUAUACAUGUAUGGAAAAUAAAGUGAAAAAAAAAAAUAGUUAUAAAAAAAGUAAAAUUAAAAUACUAAAAAAUGGCACUAAAGUAACGAAUGCAUCUAGCAAUAAAUCUAUAAAUAAAGCAAAUUUAAAUUCGAAUGAUGAUAUUUCAGAUAAUCAUAGUGUCCCCUUUUGGGUAAAAACUAGCAGAUCUUAUACAUCUUCGAAUAAAUUAACUGAAUCUGAAUGUAGUGAAAAAUUUGAUAAAAACUUUAAGAAUAUUUAUUCAAAUAGAAAAAAUAAUUAUAAUUCGAUUUUAGAGAAAACUGAUAAACCAAAUAAAAAAAGAAAAAAAUUAAGUAAUUAUUUUAGGAAAAAAAAACAAGAUGAAAACAAAAAGUUAUUAUCCAUUUAUAAUGAAAAGGUAAAUAAAAAGAAAGAAAAAAAAAACCUUAAAAAUUAUGAGCAUGAUAUGGAUGAUAUACCAAUACAAUACAAUAAGAAGACAAAAGAAGUAGUAUAUCAAGGGGAAAGAAAUAUAAAUAAUAAAGAGUGUAGUAUUACAUAUGGGUUAUUAAUGGAUCCACAAAAAAACAAUACUAGUAGUUACACAUAUAAUAUGGAAAAAAAAAAUUUCCUUAAUAACAUAUAUACUAGCCAAAAAAAAACAUCCAAAAAAAAAAAAAAAAAAUAUUUAUUAUUAGGUAGAGACGAUAGUAAUGCUAAAAAUAAUUUGGAAAAAAAAUCAAUAAACGAUAAUACACCGAUAAAUAGUAAAUUGAAUAAUAGUGGACAAAAUAUAUGCGAAGAGACGAAUGAAAAUUAUGAUUAUUUUGAUAUUGAAAAUGAAGGUAUUAAGAUGGGUAAUAAAAAAAAGACUGAGAUAGUUACAAAGAAAACUAAUCGAAUAGAAAUGGCUGUUAAAAAUAUGGUAAAAAAAGAAAAAGAGAAGAAAAAGGUUAAAGGAAAUAAAAAUAUAAAAAUGGAAAAGGAAAAUGAAAAAAGAAAAAAUAAGAAUAAAAAAUUGAAAAAGAAAAAUAGAAAGAAGAAAAAAAAAAAAUCAAUUCACGAUUAUGAAAAUAUGUACAAUGCUAAUGUGAAAGGGAAAUGGAACAUUCGGAAAUUGUUUUUUAAUAAAAAUAAGAAUAAUAAAAAGAAAAAGAAAAAAUAUAUCAACCAAAGUAAUAUAAGUGACAAUAUGAGAAUUAAUAACUUAUUUGUUAAAUAUAAACCAAGAAAUAUUAAAAAUAAUAUUCUUAAUAAAUUGCUAAAAAUAAAUAUUGGGGAUAAGGAAGAGAAUAUUGAAAGAAUAAAAAAUUUAUUAAUUACAUUUUAUAGUAAUAAUAAUGAAAAAAAAAUAAAUAAUUAUAUUCAGAACAUAUUUAAGUAUACAUCAUUAUAUUCAAAUUUUAACGUAUUCUAUAAAAGAAAUAUAGAAAUAUUAUGCUAUAAGACAAAAGUGGGAAACAGUUUGAUAAAAUUGUUAUAUUCGAUUUCUUAUAAACAUAAUAUAUCGAUAUUUUACAAAAUAUGUAAAAAGAUUGAAUACAUAUAUAACUAUUUAAAUUUAUCAUUUUACAAUGAUUUAUUUAAUAUGAAUACUAAAGAUAUAAAUGAUAGGAUAAAUAAAUAUUCAUUAUUUAUGUUGAUAAAAUAUUUAAAAUAUCAUAUGCAUAACAAUAGGCAGUUGUUUAAUAUAUUUAUAACCAAAAUAAUAAAUUUUAUAAAUCAUAAUAUACAUAAUAUAUCCGAAUUUUUAUGUAUGUACAGAUAUAACGACUUAUUAAAUAUAAUUAAUCACUAUAUUGUGAGUACAAACAUAAAUGAUAUGUUAACUUUAAAUAAAUAUAAUAUUUUUUUAUUAGGAGCAAAUAAAAUAUUAUAUGUUCCCGUAUCAAAUAUAUUAUUUUUAUAUUGUAAUGAAUUAAGCCUUAAUGAUGUUAUGAAAAUUUUGUAUAGUCAUCCGCAGUAUAGUCUUUUUAUUAAAAGUGUAGCAGUUAAUGCUUUAUUAUAUUCAUAUAAAAAAAAUACAAUCACAAAUGUAAUAUAUUUGCAAUUAUUUGAAUAUUUAAAAGUGGAUUUAGGAAACAGAAUAUUAUUUUUUAUUGUAUUUUUUUCUUUUCAAUCGUUCCGGUUUUUAUACACAUUUUUUCUGAACAUGCACACAUAUAUGAAUGAUGAAUUUUUAGGGCAUUUAUCAUAUUAUGAAAAUUUUAAAAAUAAAAGAGAAAGUUGUAUAAUUCCAAUUGAUGGGAAUGAUAACAAUCUAUUAAGUAUAUGUAAUGAUAAUAUUGAAAAGUGUUUGAUAUUUAAUAAAGAUUUAUUUGAAAAACGUAAAAGGAAUAUAUUUAAAGAUAUUUUGCUAUUAUGGCCUUGGAGAAAACAAGAAAAAAAUGACAUACCGAAUGAGUAUAAAAAUAAUAAAAAUAUAGUUACUAACAAUAUAAAUAUUAAUAAUUUUAUAUAUUUUAAAUAUAAUAAUUAUGUAAAAAAGAAAAAUGUUUUAUCAUUAAAAAUAUCGCUUAUUAAAAAAAUAUUCCUAGAAAAUUUGGAUAAUACAAAUCGAGAUAUAUUGCUAGAAUCAUGUCGUAUUCACAACAAAAUUUUUUGUCUAAGUUUAGAAGCUUCAAAAAUGGAUAAAAAUAUACAAUUAGAUUUUGUAAAAAUGGAAAUUAGAAAUAUGCUUAAUAAUAUAGAUAUUGAUAAAAUAAAAUUAUUAACAUCCAAUAAUAUAGUGUCUUAUUUAUCUGACGAUAUAAAAGUAUUAAUGUCAGCAACAAGAUCACCAUUAUUUUUAUCUUUUAAAACAAUAAAAUGUAAUUUGAAAAAAUAUAUGUAUUUUAAUAACCCUUUUAAAUAUUAUUCGGGUAUGUUCAAGAGUAGUCAUGAAAUUGAUUAUAAGAAAAUUCCAGAUGUGUUUUCACCUGGGAAGUUUGAUGCCGAUUACAAAAACAAACAGAUGAAUGAUAAAAUUUUACAUUAUAAUAGUGAUUUAUAUUUAGGGAAGAAAUCAGAAAAUAUUUUAAGUGAUAAUUUAAAAAAAAUAGAUUAUUUUAUUAAUAAAAUAAAUGAAAAAAGCGAUUUAUGUGACAAAGAAAAAUCUGAUGUUGACUUUGCUCAAAGAAACUAUAUUUAUAAAGGACGUGGAAAUAGUCGAUUAAUGAAUAACGAAUAUGAUUUAAAUAUUAAAAAUAAUAAUUCAUUAAAUGAUAUUAUUUAUAAAAUGAAUAACAAAGAAAAAAAUGACGAAAGAAAACAGUUGGUUGAUAAAAUAUAUGAAGAUGUAUCAUAUAUUUAUAAAGUAAACGAUGAUGUUCGACAAGAUAAAUUAGUUGUUCAAAUAAUUUAUAUAUUUAUACACAUUUUUAGUGAUUGCAAACUCUUUUAUAAUUUAUUUCCAUAUAAUAUCAUAACAAACAAAUAUUACAAUAUCAAUUUAAAUAAGGCUCAUAAUAAUAUGGGUAGCCAUAAUAUAAACAUUUUUGUUAAAAAUGUAAAAGAGGAAGAAAAAAGUACAAAUAAUGAAAAAUCAGAAAAUAAGCGAAAGUUUUCGUUUUCAUUUCAUUUAUUUAAAAAGAAAAAGGUGAAGAAUAAAAAAAUGAAAGAUAAGAAUAGGGAUAUAAGUACAGAUGCACAAAAAGGGGAUAGGAGUAUGAAUAAGGAUAAACUUUACACAAGUAGAGACUUACAAAAUUAUGUUAAUAUGAAUUAUACAUUUUCUAAUUAUAUUAACACAAAUUCUAAAACAAUUGAUGUUUCUAGUAUAAAACAAAAAAAAAAAAAAAAAAAAAAAUUUGAAAAUUUCGGUGCAGUUAUUGAAGUUUUACCCAAAACAAAAAGUCGACAUGAAAUAGGAAGAAAAUAUCAAAAUAUAAUAAAAUUUUAUCAUUUAAAAUUUUCAAAUAUUUAUAUUUAUAUUUAUGCCUUGAAAAAUUUUAUAUCAUCUUUGGCUGCAUAUUCGUUAAUGUCCUUUAUUUUACAAGUAAAGGAUAGACAUAAUGGAAAUUUGUUAUUUGAUGAAUACGGAAAUAUUGUACACAUAGAUUUUGGCUAUAUAUUGAAUAUAUAUCCAGGUAUUUCUAUAAAUUUUGAACUUGCCCCAUUUAAGCUCACCAAGGAAAUGAUUACGCUUUUAACCAUCAAUAAUCAGAGAAAACAAUAUUUUAUUUUUACAUAUAUUCAUCUAGUUGUGAAAGGGUACUUGCUUUUAAGACAAAAAAGUGAUUGGAUAAUUUCGUGCAUAGAAAGUUUAUCGAAUUCAGAAAUUAACUGUUUUAAAUAUAAUACCAUUGAAAAGUUGAAAAAACGAUUGAAUCUGGACAAAAAUGACAAUGACGCAAGUAUUUUUAUGAUUAAUAAAAUUCAUCAAGCUUACAACAACAUAACUACUAUCAUGUAUGAUUAUAUUCAAAAUAUUCAGCAAGGAAUACAAUAA